UGCCGGAGGCGGGGCCGGGGAUCGGGGGCGGGCCUCCGGGGCGGCGGGGAGGACCUGCCUGCGCCGCCCCGGCGCUCGCAGACUCGGGCUCGUACGCAGGCGCGCUGGGCCGCUGAGAACAGCGACCGAGGGCGGCCGAGCGGAGCGCGGAGCCGGUCGGGUGCAGGGCGCGAUGCGGCCCGGAGAGGAGCGGCCCUUGGAGGGGGGCGCCGGCGCUGGCGUCUCCGCGCUGGAGCUGCUGAAGCUGCGCGCCGCCGAGCGCAUAGACGAGGCGGCCGAGCGCCUGUGGGCCGUGAGCCGCGCCAUCUGGAGCAAGCCGGAGCUGGCCUACGAGGAGCACCAUGCCCACGACGUGCUGACGCGCUUCCUCGAGAGCGAGCCGCCGGCCGCGUCGUGGGCGGUGCAGCCGCACUACCAUCUGGCCACGGCCUUCCGCGCCGAGUGGGGCCCGCCGGGGGGCCGGGUGGCCCCGCGCCCGCUGCAGCUGGGCUUCCUCUGCGAGUACGACGCGCUGCCCGACAUCGGGCACGCCUGCGGCCACAACCUGAUCGCCGAGGUCGGGGCGGCGGCCGCGCUGGGCGUGAAGGGGGCCCUGGAGGGUCUCUCCGGGCGGCCUCCGCCGGUGAAGGUAAUUGUCCUGGGAACACCUGCAGAAGAAGAUGGUGGUGGCAAAAUUGAUUUAAUUGAAGCAGGGGCUUUUGAAGAUCUUGAUGUUGUUUUUAUGGCCCAUCCGUCCCAAGAGAAUGCUGUGUAUCUACCUGACGUAGCUGAACAUGAUGUGACUGUGAAAUACUAUGGAAAAGCAUCGCAUGCUGCUGCUUAUCCCUGGGAAGGAGUAAAUGCACUAGAUGCUGCUGUUCUGGCCUACAACAAUCUGUCAGUGUUAAGACAGCAAAUGAAACCAGCCUGGAGAGUACAUGGCAUAAUAAAAAAUGGUGGUGUAAAACCCAAUAUCAUUCCCUCUUAUUCUGAAUUAAUCUAUUACUUCCGUGCACCCUCAAUGAAAGAACUUCCAGUUUUGACCAAAAAGGCAGAAGAUUGCUUCAGAGCUGCAGCUUUGGCUACUGGGUGCACAGUAGAAAUUAAAGGUGGAACACAUGAUUAUUACAAUGUUCUUCCCAAUAAGAGCCUGUGGAAAGCUUAUACUGACAAUGGAAAAAAACUGGGAAUAGAAUUCAUUUCAGAAGAUGCAGUGUUGAAUGGCCCUUCAGGAUCUACUGAUUUUGGAAAUGUUACCUUUGUGGUUCCUGGGAUUCAUCCGUAUUUUUACAUUGGAUCUAAUGCCUUGAAUCAUACAGAACAAUAUACUGAAGCUGCAGGAUCACAGGAAGCUCAGUUCUACACGCUGCGUACGGCCAAAGCUCUCGCAAUGACUGCGUUGGAUGUUAUUUUUAAACCAGAGCUCCUAGAAGGAAUCAGAGAGGACUUCAAAUUGCAGCUUCAAAAAGAAGAGCUUUUAAACACAGAAUAAAAGGAAGAUUUAGGAGCCACUUACAGAUCAUUAAGAAGAACUGAUGAUUUUUACCUUUAAUCUUUUUUAAUGAAGAAAGAGGUCAUGCUUGUUUUUUAAUCUUAAAGGAAUCAAAUUCCUCUUACCUGAAAAAAUGUGAGGACAUGAUGUGGAGAAAACACAUUACUUCAUAUGUAAAAUGAAAAUUUGAUGAAAUUGUGAUCUUUCAGGAGCUGGUAUGUGAUGGCUUUUCUUAGACAACCUGGAUGAUACAGUUUACCAACUAUAAUUUCUAAAUUCAUGUGUAAGUGUAUUUUUGAAGAUCCAAGAGUUCUUAAACCUUAUAUUGAGAAUUAACACAGGAAAAAUUUUUUUGGUAUAGGGUGGUAAAAUUGUCCUAGGAAAUAGCUUUAAAAUUCAAGUUCUAAAUUUAAGGAAAGUUCGUUUUGUGACUAUCUAUACUGGUUUAGAGAAUUUCUUUAUUGAUAAUAAAAGUAGGUUUUUAAUGAGAAAUGCUGUGGGAAAGAACCAGAAACUUAGGUACAAAGAACAAGCUUUCGUUUUACCAUUUGAAGGAAAUGGUUCUUUUUUUUUGUAUAAUUAGCUCUUGGCAUUAAAGUGCUAUUUCUAAUUCCAUACUACUCUAAUUGGAAAAGCAUCCACAGCCAGGAUUAGCCUUUCCUCUAAGGUGUUUGCUUGGUAGCUGGUGUGUUCUAGAGGAACUUAAGGAGCGAGGUGCCUAUGUGAAUCUUAAUGUGAUCCCCUCUACCUAGCAGCCCUGUCCAGACUUCUACUCGGAAGCCAGCCUGUUCAGCUUGAACAAUAUUGUGGUUUACUGAAGUUGGGGACAAUUCUAAGCCUCCUUAAGCCCCAUGCUAGCCCAAUAUUAAUUAAAGGAUAUUGUAAGUUUUUCCUGUUCUU